AUGGCUCAGCCAGCUCAUACCCACCUUCCAAGAGUGGAAAGUGUCCAAACCUAUGGUAAAAAGAAACACGCACAAGCUGUAGCUCUUAUUACUAAAGGAAAAGGAAUGAUCAGAGUCAAUGGUGUCCCUCUUCAUUUGGUAGAGCCACAAACACUGAGAGUAAAAGUAUUAGAACCUAUUCUUCUCCUUGGGGAAUCUCGCUUCAGCAAGGUUGACUUCAAAAUUAGAGUCCACGGAGGUGGCUAUGUCAGCCAGAUUUAUGCAGUUAGACAAGCUAUCGCUAAAGGAAUUAUUGCAUUCUAUCAAAAAUAUGUGGAUGAAGCUUCAAAGAGGCAAAUAAAAGAAAUGAUUUUGGCUUAUGAUAGAUCCUUGCUUGUUGCUGAUCCUAGAAGAAAAGAGCCUAAGAAAUACGGUGGUCCAGGCGCAAGAGCAAGAAGACAAAAGAGUUAUCGUUAA